AUGGGGAGUGGCAAAAAGGAGGUUGCAGGAGAGAGUCUUGGGAGGACAACAGGUGUUGAGGAAAAGGUUCUAUCCUUAGGAGCAGAUGUUCUGCCAGAAUAUAAGCUCCAGACACCCCGCAUCAACAAGUUUACUAUAUUGCACUACAGUCCUUUCAAAGCAGUCUGGGACUGGCUCAUCUUGUUGCUGGUAAUAUAUACUGCCAUAUUCACCCCUUACUCUGCGGCCUUCCUUCUAAAUGACAGUGAGGAACAGAAAAGACGAGUGUGUGGAUAUUCUUGCAGCCCACUGAAUGUGGUAGACUUAAUUGUGGAUAUUAUGUUUAUCAUUGACAUUCUAAUAAACUUCAGAACAACAUAUGUAAACCAGAAUGAAGAAGUGGUAAGUGACCCAGCAAAAAUAGCAAUUCACUACUUCAAAGGCUGGUUCCUAAUUGACAUGGUUGCUGCAAUACCUUUUGACCUGCUGAUUUUUGGAUCUGGCUCUGAUGAGACUACAACAUUAAUCGGUCUUCUGAAGACAGCUAGGCUGCUGCGUUUGGUGAGGGUUGCACGAAAAUUGGACAGAUAUUCAGAAUAUGGUGCUGCAGUUCUGAUGCUUCUUAUGUGCAUAUUUGCACUAAUUGCACACUGGCUUGCUUGCAUUUGGUAUGCCAUUGGGAAUGUAGAAAGACCUUACUUGAUUAAAAAAAUUGGCUGGUUGGAUUCUCUAGGAGAACAAUUAGGAAAACCCUACAAUGUGAGUGAUCAAAGCUCUGGACCAUCCAUCAAGGACAAAUAUGUCACAGCACUUUAUUUUACCUUCAGCAGUCUGACAAGCGUAGGAUUUGGAAAUGUAUCUCCUAACACCAACUCAGAGAAAAUCUUUUCGAUUUGUGUCAUGUUAAUUGGCUCAUUAAUGUAUGCGAGUAUUUUUGGAAAUGUAUCGGCAAUAAUCCAAAGACUGUAUUCAGGAACUGCCCGGUAUCACAUGCAGAUGCUGCGUGUUAAAGAGUUUAUACGCUUUCAUCAAAUCCCCAACCCUUUGCGGCAACGGCUCGAAGAGUACUUCCAGCAUGCAUGGACCUACACCAAUGGCAUUGACAUGAACAUGGUUCUAAAGGGAUUUCCGGAAUGCUUACAAGCUGACAUUUGUCUGCACCUCAACCAAAACUUGCUUCAGAACUGCAAAGCUUUCCAGGGGGCCAGUAAAGGUUGUCUUCGAGCUUUAGCUAUGAAGUUUAAGACAACCCAUGCUCCUCCUGGUGAUACCUUAGUCCACGGUGGUGAUGUUCUCACAGCUCUUUAUUUCCUGUCAAGAGGCUCUAUUGAAAUCCUCAAGAAUGACAUUGUUGUUGCCAUUUUGGGUAAAAAUGAUAUUUUUGGAGAGAUGGUACACCUUUAUGCAAAACCAGGGAAAUCAAAUGCAGAUGUGAGAGCUUUGACCUACUGUGACUUGCAUAAGAUCCAGCGAGAAGACCUACUAGAGGUUUUGGAUAUGUAUCCUGAAUUUUCUGAUCUCUUUCUCACCAAUCUAGAACUGACUUUUAAUCUGAGACAUGAAACCGCAAAGGCUGAUCUCAUAAUAAGAUCACAAACCACUAAUGAUUCGGAUGGAGAUAACUGCAAACUUCGAAGAAGGAAAUUGUCUUUUGAAAGUGAAGUAGAGCAAGGCUAUCACAAAGAAAACAAUCAGAAUGAUCCUGAAGAGUCCAUGGAUAAUUCCAGACAUUAUCAGUGUACCAAGAAACACUUUGAAGAGAAGAAAAGUGAGUCAUCAUCUUUGGUGUCAUCCACUGAAAAUGAACAGAAACCUCUUUUCUCUGAAAUAAUCAAUUACCCAUCGAUGAUAGGGAAAACUACAGGGCUGGACUUAGAAGAAGUGGUGCGUGCAGCAGAAAGGAUCCAUAUUGAGAGAAGAAGCCACUCUUGCAGAGACAUCAGUGAUAAAAGAAACUGGGAGUGGGAAAAUACCAAGGAGCACCAUGAGAUCUCCAGACAGUCAGCAUUACCUCAUGUUACAUGGGGCAUCUGUGAAAGUGAAAGUGAGUUGACCUAUGGAGAAGUAGAGCACCGGCUAGAUUUACUUCAAGAACAACUCAACAGGCUUGAAUCCCAAAUGACUGCUGACAUUCAAACCAUCCUGCAGCUACUGCAGAGACAGUCAACACUCAUUCCACCUGCUUAUAGUAUAGUGACUGCAAGUGCAGAAUAUCAACAGCCAGCUAUCCGGGUGAUGCAAAGCCUUCAUCCAGUAGUAUCUAUUAAAACAGACAGAAGCUUCAGUCCUUCAUCACAGUGUCCUGAAUUUCUAGACCUUGAGAAAUCGAAACUUAAAUCCAAAGAAUCCCUCUCAAGUGGAGUGCAUCUUAACACAGCCUCAGAAGAUAAUUUGGCUGCUUUUUUAGAACAAGACCAUGACCAGUCUUUAGAGUUUCACCCACAGCAUUGUAAAACUUACCUCCAUUCCAUUAGGCAUCCUUCCUUGCCAGAUUCUUCCCUAAACACUAUAGGAAUCUUGGGUCUUCAUAGGCAUGUUUCUGAUCCUGGUCUUCCUGGGAAGUAAAUCCUUUUAUACUAUUACUUCACAUACAAUGUAAGUGCUUUUAAUGGCUGUUUUUCCUUUUUUUUUUUUUUUUUAAUUUAAAUCCUCUAUACUUGACUCAGGGGCUACAAGAAUAUACCAUUAUAUGCAAAAGUACUGUAUAUUUUCCUAAAAUUGAAGCUUGUACGGUAAAGUUGAGCAGUUACGAUGUAAAUAUAUAUAUAUACUGUAUGUUCCAAAUGUAAAACUGCCAGCAUUCUCAAGGCACCUUAUAUUUUUUAAUUUUUUUAAAAACACAUGCAUGUUCUGAAAUUUAUGUUGCAUGGAAAUUAUCAUUUACUGCUUUCACUGAAAUGGUUCUUUAUUGGGGAUUUGCCUUCAAAUCAAAUAAGAGGCCAGGUGAUGAUGGUAAUUCACACAGUCAUAACUCAUACUUCACUGAGGUAUUCUAAAUUCAAGCAGAAAUCUUUUUCCUAUUCGCUUUGAAAAGAUACAUACAGUCAAUGGUCAUCAUUAUUCUGCUUAUAGCAAGAGUAAGAGAACAGUGUCUAAUGGAUUCUAAAAUAUUAAGAUAUAAUACAGAAAGCAGCCUCUUCAAAGCAAAUUGAAGUAGGUCACAGUUUUAACAGAACAAUGGUACUACACAAUGGGAAAGUAUCAUCCCUGAUUGCAACCUCAAGAUCAUACCAACUGAAUAAUUUGUUUUCAAUAUUUUGGGCUUUUUUAUUUUUAUCCUUAUCAUGCUUAAAAGGUUGGCUGUCGUAAACAGCCAGGUAGUUCUCAUCUGUCACCCAAACAUAAUCAAAUGCAAUAAAUAUAAUUUCUAUGUAA